UAAGAUCCGUUCCCUGCCACUCUGCGGAUACCUUUUUGUGCCAUCCCUCUCCUUCAUUCAGGAUCUUCUGUACUUUUCUAGAAUCCAAAUAUGACUUUCUACAGGCACUCAGGGCCACGCAGCUAUCUCAGCUCCACCAUGACAGAGCGCUUUGACUGCUUCUACUGCAGAGACAACCUGCAAGGCAAGAAGUACGUGCAGAAGGACGACAAACACGUGUGCGUGCGUUGCUUCGACAAGCUGUGCGCCAACACCUGCGCAGACUGCCGUCGGCCGAUCGGUGUUGACUCGAAGGAACUGACCCAUAAGAAUCGCCACUGGCACGAGACCUGCUUCCGCUGUGCCAAAUGCUACAAGCCACUGGCAAAUGAGCCUUUUGCGCCACGAGAUGACGGCAAGGUCAUGUGUGAGAAGUGCGGGGCUCGCGAGGACUCCCCGCGCUGCCAGGGCUGCUACAAAGUCAUCAUGCCGGGGGCUAAGAAUGUGGAGUAUAAGCACAAAGUGUGGCAUGAGGAGUGCUUCAACUGCUUUGAGUGCAAACAGCCAAUCCGCUCCCAGAGUUUCAUGACGAAGGGUGAUGAGUUCUACUGUGGCGCUUGCCACGAGAAGAAGUUUGCCAAGAACUGUGCCGGCUGCAAACAGCCUAUCGCCUCGGGUGGGAUCAGCUAUCAGGACAAGCCUUGGCACUCUGAGUGCUUCGUGUGCCACACGUGUAAGAAGGCCCUUGCUGGUGCUCGCUUCACCGCUCACGAGGAUCAGUUCUACUGCGUGGACUGCUACAAGACCUCUGUGGCCAAGAAGUGCUCUGGAUGUCAGAAUCCAAUUACAGGUUUCGGAAGAGGAACGAAUGUGGUCAACUACGAGGGCAACUCCUGGCAUGAGUACUGCUUUAACUGCAAGAAGUGCUCUCUGUCCCUGGCCCACAAGCGCUUCGUCAUCCACGGAGAGGAAAUCUACUGCCCUGACUGUGCCAAAAAGCUGUGAGCGACAGAGACUCCUGGAUUUCAUUUCCAUUCUUGGUGGCUAAUAGCCACACAAUUUUAUCUAUUCCUCUAAAGAGUGAUUAAGUAGUCAUAUAUAUAAAAACUCAAAGGCAGUGGUAGAGGUUGAGUGGGUUAGAAGGACAGUUUUUAAUGAGGUGCAUCACCUAGGUUAACCAAGGCUGAAACAGUAUUUUAUAAGCAGAAAGCAGUGAGUGAUGUGUAAUCAGGGUAACAUAUUAUAUAGACAGUUAUCAGCAAUUUAACAGUAAUAGAUGGGUGUUCUUGGUGGCCAAUGUUACUAAAACAACAUUGGUUUUAGACUUAGGAAGCUUUGCUUAAGUUUUACAGUGUGUAAAAUUAUAGUUAAACAGACCUUAAUGGAACAUUUACUGAUUCACUUUUCCCCCCCUGAAACUGUUUUAUGUUUUACAAUUAACAUGCGUAUGCAUUAGAUUUCUGGAAUGAUGGAACUGUGUGGCCUACAUUAAACAAACAAGCUUUGACAUAUAGAAUAAUCAAUAUAUAUAUACACUUUUCAUAGAUUCUUGAGUGAAAUAACAUCUGGUAAUAAACUUCAAACCUUCAAA